CCACCACCACCACCACCACCAUGGCUUUCUCUCUCACACUACCCUCUCUCAUCCUCCUAUCCCUUACCCACCUCCUCUUCCUCCUCCCAUCUCCGACAUUAUCCCAAUCUGCUCCAGCUCCAGGCCCCGCCGGACCCAUCAAUCUCACCGCCAUACUUGUUCAGGCCGGCCAAUACACCGCCUUCCUCCGCCUCCUCAACCAAACCCAAGUCCUUACUCAACUUCCAAACCAACUCAACAACUCCAACCAGGGUAUGACUCUUCUUGCACCCACUGAUAACGCCUUCCUCAACCUCCCCGCCGGAACUCUAAACAGCCUCAGCCAGGAGAAGAAAGUGAAGCUGGUACUCUACCAUGUCCUCCCAAAGUACUACAGCUUAGAAGAUCUGAACACCGUCAGCAACCCCGUUCCGACACAGGCCGGAGGAAGCAAAGGGUCGUUGGGUUUGAACUUCACCGGAAGGGGGAACCAAGUGAAUGUGUCCACUGGAGUUGUGGAUACUCAAAUCAACAAUGCAUUGAGACAGCAGUUUCCGUUUGCUGUUUACCAGGUUGAUAAAGUGUUGUUGCCGGCGGAGUUCAGUGAAGCUCCGGCGCCGGAGGGUUCUUCUUCUUCUCCACCGGUGAAAGGGAAGACACCUGCUGCUAAGGGACCGAGUUCGCAGGCGGCGGAUGGAGAUGGGUCGUCGCCGGCGAAUAAUGGAGGUGGAAGGAGGAUGGAUAUGGGGUUGGGUUUAAUGGGUGGUGUUGUGCUGUUUUGCAUGACGUUUCUAUGAGGUGAUUUUUGAGAUGGUUUUGAAGCAUUCCACGUACAUUUAUGUAAUUUUCUUGUUCUUUUUUUUUCUUCCCAUUUUUUGUAAUAAAUGUUGGUCCUUUGGAUUCAUGAUUGAUAAAAA